AUGCCGCAAUCAAAUCUUCCAACAUCCGAUUCGGAUUCAAAACAACCCCGCAUCCUCCAUGAAAACCUCCCCAUUAAACCCCGCCCACAAAUCACUACCGAGGAGAGAAUUGCGGUACUUAGCCGCUUUCUUGUCCCCGGUGAUCCUCUUUAUAUGCCAGAACAGGAGAAGAACGUCACAACCUUAAUCAGGCUUUACAAAGAGGGAAAAAUCACAGUAAAUGACGAGAUAUUUAUGGCUGACGGACACCUCGUGAGCAAAGAAGAGUAUAUCACGGCGAAAGCGCCAUCCUUCUGGGAGGUCAGCUUAAUCUAA